CAGCAAAUCAAUUAUCAGAGCAACAAAAGCAAACAAAAUACAAGGAAUAAAACACAAGCUUUUCAAUAAAUUUCAAGAAUAAAAUCAUGAACACCCUAAACAUGAAGUUCGUUGUCGUGGUCGUGUGCCUUGCCUUCUUCAUUGGAACCACCUGGGGCGAUGUGCUCAAAAGCGCCAAAGCCACUGCAGAGGAUGCCAAGGACGCCGCCGCCCCAACGGUCAAAGCUGCCAAGGACUCCGCCGCGUCAGCUGCGGAAUCUGCCAAGGAAGCCACCGCACCCGCCGUUGAUGCCGCUGCUCCCUCUGUGGAAGGUGCAGCACAAAAGUCUGAGUCUUUUGCUCAAUGGGCUUACGAUAAAAUUUCCGGUGGUUUUGGGAUGAAAUCUGACGACGACAAGUCAAAAGUGGUUGAAAAGGAGAAGUUACAAUUCUAAGGAAGAGGAUGCGAAGGCCACUUAGUAAUAGAUUAUGAAGAACUUCAAUUAUGUUGUUAAUGAGAAGUUCUACCGUUACAUCAGAAUCAGUGUAACGAGUAGUUUUUCUAUUUUUUUUUUCUUUUUCUUGGCAUAGGAAAGGGUGGUUGGUUCCUUUUGUUUCAGCAACUGUGCCCUUACCUUAGAUCCCAUGUUGGGCUGCCACAACUCUAAUAAUAAAUAUACUUUUUUAUGCUCU